AUGGUGGGGGUGGUUCGGGAGGUUCUCAGGUGGUCCAGGAGGUUCUCAGGUGGUCCAGGAGGUUCUCAGGAGGUCCAGGAGGUGGUUCUGGAGGUCCUCAGGUGGUCACCAGGUGGUUCUGGAGGUCCUCAGGAGGUCCUCAGGUGGUUCAGGAAGUUCUCAGGAGGUUCUCAGGUGGUUCUGGAGGUUCUCAGGAGGUCCUCAGGUGGUCACCAGGUGGUUCUGGAGGUCCUCAGGUGGUCCAGGAGGUUCUCAGGAGGUCCUCAGGUGGUCCAAGAGGUUCUCAGGUGGUCCUCAGGUGGUCCAGGAGGUCCCCAGGAGAUCCCCAGGAGGUCCUCAGGUGGUCCAGAAGGUUCUCAGGUGGUCCAGGAGGUUCUCAGGAGGUUCAGGAGGUCCUCAGGAGGUCCAGGAGGUCCUCAGGUGGUUCUCAGGAGGUCCUCAGGUGGUUCUCAGGUGGUCCAGGAGGUUCUUGGGUGGUCCAGGAGGUCCUCAGGAAGUCCAGAAGGUUCUCAGGAGGUCCUCAGGUGGUCACCAGGUGGUUCUGGAGGUCCUCAGGAGGUUCUCAGGUGGUCCAGGAGGUUCUCAGGUGGUUCUCAGGUGGUCACCAGGUGGUUCUGGAGGUUCUCAGGAGGUCCAGGAGGUUCUCAGGUGGUCCUCAGGUGGUCACCAGGUGGUUCUGGAGGUCCUCAGGUGGUUCUCAGGUGGUCCAGGAGGUCCUCAGGAGGUUCUCAGGAGGUCCUCAGGUGGUCACCAGGAGGUCCUCAGGUGGUCCAGAAGGUUCUCAGGUGGUCCUCAGGUGGCCCAGGAGGUCUCCAGGAGGUUCUCAGGUGGUCCAGAAGGUUCUCAGGUGGUCCUCAGGUGGCCCAGGAGAUCUCCAGGAGGUUCUCAGGAGGUCCAGGAGGUUCUCAGGUGGUCCAGGAGGUCUCCAGGAGAUCCUCAGGAGGUUCUCAGGUGGUCCAGAAGGUUCUCAGGUGGUCCUCAGGUGGUCACCAGAUGGUUCUGGAGGUCCUCAGGUGGUCCAGAAGGUUCUCAGGAGGUUCUCAGGUGAUCCAAGAGGUUUUCAGGUGGUCCUCAGGUGGUCCAGGAGGUUCCCAGGAGAUCCCCAGGAGGUUCUCAGGUGGUUCAGGAGGUCCUCAGGAGGUCCAGGAUGUCCUCAGGUGGUCCAGAAGGUUCUCAGGUGGUCCUCAGGUGGUUCUCAGGUGGUCCAGGAGGUUCUCAGGUGGUCCAGAAGGUUCUCAGGAGGUUCUGGAGGUUCUCAGGAGGUUCUCAGGUGGUUCUCAGGUGGUCCAGAAGGUUCUCAGGAGGUUCUCAGGUGGUCCAGGAGGUCCUCAGGUGGUCCAGGAGAUUCUCAGGUGGUUCUCAGGUGGUUCUCAGGUGGUCCAGGAGGUUCUCAGGAGGUCCUCAGGUGGUGACCAGGAGGUCCUCAGGAGGUUCUCAGGUGGUCCAGAAGGUUCUGGAGGUUCUCAGGAGGUUCUCAGGAGGUCCAGAAGGUUCUCAGGAGGUCCUCAGGUGGUCACCAGGUGGUUCUGGAGGUCCUUAGGUGGUUCUCAGGUGGUCCAGAAGGUUUUCAGGUGGUUCAGGAGGUUCUCAGGAGGUUCUCAGGUGGUCACCAGGAGGUCCUCAGGUGGUCCAGGAGGUUCUCAGGUGGUCCUCAGGUGGUCACCAGGUGGUCCAGGAGGUUCUCAGGUGGUCCAGGAGGUUCUCAGGUGGUUCUCAGGUGGCCCAGGAGGUCCCCAGGAGGUCCUCAGGAGGUCCCCAGGAGGUUCUCAGGUGGCCCAGGAGGAGCCCCAGGUGGCCCAGGAGGUCCCCAG